GCAGGCCCAGGACGAGCCGGCGGCGCAGCCAGUCAGAGGAGCGGCGGCGGCGCGAGCUCUGUCUCCGGGGAGAAGCCGAGGAGCGAGUGAGCAGCAGCCACUCCGUGCGUUGCGGGGUGGGGAGGCAACUCCGUGAGCUCGUCUUCGUGCGGCCGCCGGCGCCGGUGGUGACCAGGCCAGGUCCGCCAUGUCGGCCUUCACCGGCGUGUCCAUCGCCGACGGCUACAAGCGGUGCGGCUGCGAGACGCUGGCCGUGGACGCCCGCGGGGACAGCGGCUACCACCUGCUCAUGGUCAACGGCUACUCGCGCACCAAAGAGCUGAUUCCCACCGGCCAGAGCAUCACCGCCAACUCUUUCAAUGUGGGAGGCCAUGACUGGUUGAUCGAGUACUACCCUAACGGCGAGAACCUUCUCUACGACACCGAUGACGACGACGAAGAGCCCGUGGAGGUCAGGUUCAGUUUCAGCUUGGUGGACCAGGUGGAGAAGCAGAUGCCCAUGUACAUUCGUGCAACCCGCAGCUUCUCCAGCACCACUUCAAUCUGGGGCAACGACAGGUUUAUCAGAAAGAGCGAUUCAUUCCUGAUAAAAUCCUUAUGUUCUAUACCAUAAGAGAACCUACCUCAAGGCCAACACGUUCCCUAGUGGAAAAUGAUGCUGAUGCUUGUUCUAUACUAUAUGUUGGUGAUGCAUUCUUUCAGCAUUGCCAUGAGCCUCUGUUUUCUUUCUACUCCUCUGUUUUCUUAGUUUUUUUCCUGAAAGAGUAUGUUUCUUUCAGUGGAAGCACUAUGCAUGUUUACGUCAUUCAUUCAUUCAU